AUGUCAGCUUCUAGCCCAUUGAAUGAUGAUGAAGAGGAAAAGGAAGAGGAAGAGGAGGAGAAGGAGGGGACUGACUCGUUCGCUACUGCCAGCUCUGCUGGAGUCCGCUACGACGGCAUGUACAUCUCCAAAUGCCAAUACACCAGGCGGAUCCAAGAGGGAGCCUCUCUAACCGACAACCGUAGACGUCUGGUGGUCACCUACUACCGUCUCUUGAGGUUCCUCCCUUCCGGCAAGCUGUUGAUGCUACGUUGUGAGCCGGCCCAGCUACCAACACAGUCUCAGCUCCAAUCGAAGCACUCGAACUCAGGCCUGCCCGAUGCUGUAGUGAGGAAUCUGGAGAUAGCUAAGGCGGCGAAUAAGCCAGUGAAGGACGCUAUCGAUUUGCUCCGGGACUAUGAUGUCGAUCGUGGGUUCGUUGGAGUGACUUCGAGCCGACAACAGAAGAUCAUCGACGGUGUCGCGGAAUGCAAAUGGAGUUAUCCAGAGGGCGACAAGAGUGUGGUGGAGUUCUCAUUCAUUGAUGGCGAUGAGCGAUGGGUUGGGUCGUUGGGCGUGGAAGCCGCCAAGACCAGGCCGGGUUAUCGACUGAAAUGGCAAAGCUAUCGUUACUGGUCGAGGCGGGCCCUGGUCGAGAGGCUUGCGGAUGAGCGUACAGUCCGACGGGAGCUCCUGCUGACCCAGCUCAGGAGGGCUAAUGCCCGUAUUGAUGGAAAUGUCGUGUUGGCUGAUGUUCUUCGAGACCUCGAGCAGAUGGAUGACGAUUUUCCAGAAGAGGACAAUUCCAUCCUCGACGGAUUGAAUCCCCCGCCUGAUUUGGUCGAGGAGAUCAAGUUGCCGAAUCGUGAGCAUUUCCCUCCUUUCCGGUUCAAGAUGUUCAAACAGUUGUCACACUUGUUCUAG